GACUCGUUCCUUUAUCAUCCAGACUUUCUUGAGGCUACACCAAAUUUUCUUUCAGCCCUGUUGUCGCAUUCAUCAUCGCACCACAAGCGCAUAGCUUUACAUUGUCUUAUUAUAUUUCUUGAUGAUUUUAUGAUACCCUCAGGUAGAUUGCCGCUUUUUGAGGCUCAAGGAGGCUCCAGGUUUGCACCGCCUCAGCCUACCUUUUAGCAUCCCAUCAUCCCAUCGACCCAUCGACUCAUCCUGUUUCCCGCGAGUCCUCGUCACUACACCUUUCUUGCUUGGCCUUCAAUCACCUACCUCUGCCUUGGCCUAGGCCCUGUCAGAUAUCACCCUUUACGCAUCGCGAUAGCUCAUCCUAGUGGCCUUACAUUUCAACGAUCAAUCCCGCGAUCAAUCUUACCGUAGCAGCGCCAUCUCGAUAUCUUCUACAACCUCCCUCUUACCAAUUAGAUCAUCUGGCGCGAGCAUAUAGACGUGUCAAAAUGUUCUUCCUCUACAACCUCGAGCGAAGGGUUACCCUUCAUCCUUCGUACUUCGGCAAGAACAUGCACGAGCUGGUCACGGGCAAGCUUCUUAAGGAUGUUGAAGGCACGUGUACCGGAAGCUACUAUAUCAUUUCCAUCAUGGAUACCUUUGACAUCUCCGAAGGUCGUAUCCUUCCUGGAAGCGGCCUCGCCGAGUUCACCGUCGGCUAUCGUGCUGUGGUCUGGCGCCCCUUCAAGGGCGAAACGAUGGACGCCAUAGUAGUCUCCGUCAACCAGCAUGGCUUCUUCGCCGAGGCAGGACCGCUUCGGAUAUUCGUGUCCACCCACUUGAUCCCGCAAGAAGUUAGAUGGGACCCGAACGCCACACCACCUCAAUUUACUAACAACGAGGACACUACGAUCGAAGUUAACACCCAAGUUCGUGUUAAGAUUGUGGGCACGCGAGCCGAAGUCGGCGAGCUAUGGGCGAUUGGAAGUAUCAAGGAAGACUAUCUCGGAACGCUACAAAACUAGAUAAUGUAGUGCUUUCGGACUUCAGGCGUCCUUGUCUGUUGCUUGGUGCCGUCCACGUGUGAGGCGGAAUAUGUGCGCAUCUACAGGAUUGCGCAAUCCAUAGGAUAUAGGCCUUGGUACUUUGAGAGCUAUUGAUCUUAACAAUAGUAGUACUACAUAGGCGUCUUUACGCAAGGUAAAGUCACACAGACCCCAGUCUUGCAAAUUUCGGAUAUGCUAGGCGACUUAGGUAGCCACCUAAAUAGCAUCUAGCGUUCAGUUUUGACUAUGACGUACGAUAAACGUAUCCCACGAGCCAUAGCGUCUAUGCCUCAAAGUAAAACCGUUCUGUUGGGAAAACCUAAGCAGAGCCUCGAAACCUUAUUAAUAUAUAAUCCCGGGAACAUGGCUGUUUACCAUAGUAACCAGAUACGACUGUUCGACGUUUUGGUUGGAAGCAAUUAGCUAGCCCAUUAACCUUAUAUUAUGGUUGAUAUAAUAAAUGGUCAUUAUCUCAGAA